CAUAAAUGGGCAGACAGCAAGGAGAUCAAUUAGCUUCAAAUCUACCCCGUUGUGUACAUACAUAGCGAUAUUACCAGUCAACCCAACACAAGAUGUUGACACAUAUCGUAGCUCUUUUAUCCUUGACGAUCCUCGUCAUAGCCGGCGACUCGCAAUGCGACACUGGAACGAUUAUGUGCUGUGACCUGAAACCCACGUCAUCCGAGGCAACAGAAUAUUUCGCACAUGGGGGAAUCGUCCAGCGUCGGGCAAAUAACGAAUGCUCGGGGGUUAGCGUUGUGGGCACCUCCCAAGGCUGCAGUGCGAAUCAGGAACCCUUGUGUUGCGAAGAAGUCAAUACUGUGAGUACAUCUGUCUUGUCGAAGUAUACCCGACUUGACCAUUAUUCCAGAACGGUCUGGUCAAUCUCAGUUGUUCACCCAUCAAUGUCAAUGCGUGACAACCGAAGAACUUGUAUAUCAGAGUUCGGGCGAAGGAUGGACCCCCGCAGUUGCAUUAAUAAAUACAAUUGAAGUAUCGAUUUUGCAGCAUAGAUAGAUUGGGGCUUAGCCAUAGAAUUAUUGGAUGUCAUACAGACCCUGAGCUCAAUUGCUCACCAAGCAACGCGUGAAGAUAAACAAACACCUCGACGAAGCAACGAAUCUAUCGUGGCACCGAUCCAAUGUGGAUGUUGAGCGCAAAAAUCGGUCCU